UUACCGUUAUUUGUAAAUUAUAAACAUGAAUAAAAUGUUUCAAAUGGAUACUUCGCAGUAUAACUAAUAUCUUGAAAUCCGAUUCAACUUAUAGUUAGUCAAUACAAAACGUGAAGAAUCGUGGAUCUCUGCCUCAUGAGGACGCCACAAGGUCACUGGACUAGAUUACACUGUUUACCCUGGCACGUUGCAUAAACUUUUCUAAUCACGAGUUCAGAACCACCUGUGCCCUAAAGCAGUUGUUGUCAGCCAUUUACAGCACACAUUUUUCUUCAUCAUACCGAAUCGCUCUACUGGUUAUCGUCGAUAUUGGUAUUAAGUACAUGAAGUCGACCUAAGCUCAAACCAGGAUCUCGGCGAGCAACCGUGUCUGUUCCACACCUGUGACUGACCGCUAUUUGAUACUUCGACAACACAUCGAUGGAGCAUACAAUUGACAUAGACCAGUACCGUUACAACCGAAACAUGGAUCGACUAGGUACCCAUUACAAAAAGGAUGAAUUUAUGACAACUCAUGAUACGCAUUUUACUGAUUACUUCAAACUUAGUUCCAACGAUAAUUCACAGGCAUAUGGUCAUAUUUAUGGCAUGACAAAGAAAACAAAAAAUUUUUACCAAUUAUUCAUUGGCAAUUUGACUUGGUGGACAACAGAUCAAGACAUAAUUGACUCUAUAAUCGGCACUGGAGUGCAUGAUUUUGUUGAUAUUAAAUUUUUCGAAAAUCGAGGAAAUGGCCAAUUCAAAGGGUUUUGUACUGUUACAUUAGAAUCAGAGAAAAGUGUAAAACAGAUUUUAAAGAAAUUACCAAAUGAACUUAUCCAUGGACGAAAACCUGUUGUUACAUUUCCAUCUUUAAGAGCAUAUUUUAUGUUUGAAUCAGAAUUUGAAACUCAGUUCAAUAAAUCUUCUAAGGGGGAUAUGUCUAGAACCCCUGGUGAUAAUUCAUUAGAAAACCCAUUACAAAGUGUGUCUUAUAAUAUAAGAACACCACCGACUAGCUGUAUACAAACCCACCACCAGUAUCCACAAACCACAGGUUAUGAAAACCAAUGGAACAUAUCAUAUCAACAAAAUAUGGGAGCAUAUUUUGUCACAUCAGAACAAGGUAUAUCGGGAGCUGGAGGUUCACUUAGUCAAAUAAAUCAAAGUGAUCAUUGUCAAGAAUCAGUUGAUCCUACACUAGUCAAUCAAACCAGUACAUCUCUAAAGUCUCAAAGCUUUUCAUAUGAUGAUUAUCAUCCCUUUUAUACACAUUCUUAUGAACCUCGCAAAACAAAUGAAAUAGAAAAGACAGAAACAGAAACAGAAAUAAACUUCAUUAUUAACAGGAAUAGAAUUGUGUCUAGUUCUGCUAUAGCACGAGCUGUAACUGAUGCUACUAACGGUGAGUACGUCAGUGCUAUAGAAACUUUGAAUACAGCAAUAGCAUUAAUCGAAGAUUCUAAGAUUGCUAAUGACGAGCGCAGUAAAAUAUUAGUGUGUACUUUGUAUAACACAAUAUAUGGAAUUCAAAAUAGGAUGGUUAAUAAAUGGAAAGAGUUCUGUAGAUCACCUUCGAAUAGAUUAUACAGAAAGCCAAAACGUGAACACACUUAAUCUCAUGAAUAGAUAUGGUUACAGAUAUAGAAGCUAUACGAGGUAAAGAGUCAAGAGCUUAAAAAUUCUAUAAUCACAACACAUCCAUACCUUUAAAUCUGAAAUAGUUUAUAUAAUAUUUAGAAUCCUUAUACUUAGUUUGGACUAAUAAUCAUAUUAUACAUUGGACUAUUUUAGGGUAUCGUGGUAAGACAGAAGAUUGAAAAUAUCAUACUAUAGAAGAACAACUUCACACUUGUGUAUACAAUAAUUUAUCAUGUUGUAUUGUUUCAGCGGAUAUUUAUUUCCUUUCAUGGCUUUUAUCAAGUUUUCUAGAAAAGAAAAAUUAUUGUUAUAGUAAAUAUAUAUAGGCUUAUAUUCUUUUUCAAUACUAUGGCUAUGGUAUAUUUUUUUUUAGUUAUAAUUUUUAUAUGGGCCUACAGUGGCGUAAAUGCGUAAUUACCUUAGGGGGGAUUUGAGUGUCAGAUCCCCCAUGAUAUUUUCUUUUAAAGACUGGCCUACCAAAUUUAUGAAUCUACCUACUUAUUUACAGGAAUAGAAUUGUGUCUAGUUCUGCUAUAGCUCGAGCAGCUUUACAUAGAUGCAAUUGUGCAUCUAGGGUUACAAUUGUGGGGUGGCUACAGCCCCCCCCACCUAACAAAACUAUUCAUUUAAUAUAACCCAUACACGGCUUAUAUCUUUAUCAAUAAGGAUAUUUUUUUGAGGGAGGAGGGGGCUAAAUCGUAGUCAGGAGGGCUAAGCCCCAUACUUAGUUGCGCCACUGCUGUGUUAUAUUUUAUAAAAAUAAUACAAGCUGUAUAAGAGUCAAAAAUAAAAUAUUUUGUAACAUACAAAAUAUUGAUGUUGCUCAAAUAAUUUUAGGUGACCUACGCCUCAUAAUAUUGUUAUACUGACCAAUAAAAUGUUCUAUUUUCUAUCUAUCAACUGUCAAUACCCAUCAACCCAUAUUUAUAUCACGUAUAUAAAUGAAGGGUCGGCGAUAGACAUUAGGGAUUGUUGAGGGUGGGCGGUUGUGCACAUACAAAAUUGCCAACUACUUUUUGUAAUUAAAAUUGUAUUUAAACAUAUAGCAUACUACAUUUUAGGUAUAUAAAUAAAUACCUUAGUUUAUGAGCUGAAUAGAAUUUAUGUAUACUACAAAAACUAUUUAUAAAUGUUGAAAAAACAACAACUGAAUUAAUUUAAUGAAAAUAGUUGUGGCAAUAUUGUCCAUAUCGGAUUGAGGCAGGGAUGGAUCCAGGAGGGGCCCAGCCCCCUCUCCCAGACAUAUUUUUUUAUAAAUAUUAAAUAACAAAUAAAGAAAAUCUAAACUUCUUUUCACA